AUGUCUACUGAAGAUGUCAUUGAUAUCAUUGUUAAUGAAAAGGUUGUCUCUAAUGAUGUUCUAUCUAAUAAUAUUGUGCCUGAUGUCACUGUUGUAAAAGAAAAUCCUUUGGUAAAUGCACUUGAUGCCACUGUUGUUUUGAAUGUUAUUGCCAACAGUUCAAAUAUGGAAGAGAAGAAAGAGAAAGAGGAUAAAGUGGGAGAGAAGGAAGUGCAAGAAAAGGUUUCAUCUAAAGAAUGUGUCGCAUCGACUGACACCACUAAAAGGGCAAAGCCAACUCUAGCUCUGGCACAUUGGAAAACUUAUUACUUCAAGAAUAACGUGCUUUUCAUCACUGUUUCACAAUGCCCAAACCUCAAGGGAAUAUUGGAGACCAUGUGGGAAAGUCUUUUUGAAAAGAAGAAACCCGCGUUUCAGAAUGUGGAGGAUGGGCAGAGACAGCUGCAGCAACAACUUCUUAAGCAAGCCAUGCCAAUGUUGGUGAUACUGGAUGAUGUUUGGUCCAGAUCAAGCUUGGAUAAAUUACUAUUUGAGGGUAGAGGAUACAAGACCCUCAUAACAACAAGAGAUAUUUCCAUUAUCCCCAAGAACCCCUAUACUAAACUGUAUGAAUUACCAGUGUUGGGGCAACAAGAUGCAAUGUCUCUUUUCUGCUUCUGGGCAUUCGGACAGACAUCAAUUCCAGAAACCGCAGAUGCAAAUCUAGUUAUGGAGGUGCAAGCAGAAUGUGGAGGGCUGCCGCUUGCUCUUAAGGUGAUUGGAAGCACUAUGCAUGGGGAACCUCGAGUAGCUUGGGAAAGGGCAAAGAAGAGGCUUUCCAAAGGAGAAUCUAUAUCAGAUUAUCACAGAGAAGGGUUACUUGCAUGCUUGGCAAUUAGUAUCGAUUUAUUAGAUGAUACAGUGAGAGAGUGUUUCCUAGACUUAGGGUCAUUUCCAGAGGACAAGAAGAUCUGUGCUGAUGCACUACUGGAUAUUUGGGUUAAUGUGAGGAAAUUAGAGUGGCAAGAUGCCUUUGUCAUCUUACUGGAACUUGCAAGCAGAAACCUUUUGAAUUUAAUUAGCAAUCCAAGGAAUCAAGCAGCCAUCUCUUAUGGAAAUGCCUCGGAGCUGUACUUUUUGCAGCAUGAUGUAAUACGAGACUUAGCUUUGUACUUGGGAUUAAGAGACAGUGCAGCCCAUAGUAAAAGGUUACUCAUGCCUAGGAAAGAAAGUAGUUUACCUCAGAAAUGGAAUUUGGUUACUAAUAAAACAUUUGAUGCUCAAAUCGUCUCUAUUCAUACAGGUCCUAUGAAUGAAACUCAGUGGGAUGAAAUGAAUUUUCCAGAGACAGAGGUUAUGGUGAUAGUAUUUGCUGCAAGCGAAUACUUUCUUCCACCCUUUUUGAAAUCCAUGAAAAAACUGAAAAUUCUCAUGGUAUUCAAUUAUGGUUCAAAAAGGGCCACAUUGAAAGGAAUACAUGCGUUAUCUUUGCUCACUCAGCUAAAAGUUCUCCGUUUGGAGAGGUUAAUUGCACCACCGGUUGAAAUACAGAACAAAGCAAUACAGAACAUAGAGAAGCUCUCUUUAAGCUUAUGUGAAGGGUUUGAAAGUACCUCGACGUUGAUCAGUAACAAGCUACAAGAUUUUAACCUGGAUCACUGCAGUGAUCUGGAGGUGUUGCCUCCUGGAAUCUGUAAUAUUCAAUUCGUUCAGAUGCUGUCUGUUACAAAUUGUCAUCUUAUUCAGAAUUUACCCUCUGAUCUUGGAAGUAUGAGCUAUCUAAGAGUAUUAAGGCUAUCGGCAUUACCAGGCCUCAAGGAACUUCCUUCCUCAAUUGGAAAUCUUGUGUGGCUGGAAUAUCUGGACAUUUCAGUAUGUGAGGGUUUGAAAAAACUUCCAGAGGAAAUAGGAAAAUUGGGGAAAUUGAGUGAAUUUGAUAUGAGGGAGUGUUCUCGUUUGAGGAGGCUUCCUAGAACUGUCUGUGGGUUAGGUUCGUUGAAACGUGUUGUCUGUGAUGAGGAGAUUGGGAAGCAGUGGCUGCGAGCCAAGAGAUUUUCUAUCCCCGACCUUGAAGUAGAGAUUGUGGAAGCAGAGUUUAAUUUGGAUUGGCUUCAUGAUUAA